AAUUGUCUAGCUCCUAUAAAAUACCACCACAGCAGGGCAGAUGUCUUUCAAGUUGACACCGUUUGAGCAGUCGCGGGUCGAGAUCGCGGCAUUUCUCGACAUGAAGCUGGAUCCGAUCAGCUAUGUCGACAUGUCAACUAUCAUCGUAGUCGCCACAGUCUACAUCGUGGAUCUUUUCGCUAUUAUUUUCCUUAUUGUCAACCGCAACUAUCCGCCGAUAAAGAGCAAAGGAGUCGUCAUAAUGUGCUCACUCUAUAUUUCUGGGGUUCUCUGGUUCGUUGGCGACAUCAUCACAAGCGGAAUGGUGCACCUUUAUGUGAAUAAGGCAUUGAUGGCGUGUAAGGUGACGGUGAUCUGGUUCAGACUGGGCUUUGGCACCACGUACAUCGCUACUAUAUUUAGUGUGCGCUGCUAUGCCUUACACCGCGUGUUCUGUAAGCAGCAGCCAUUUAAAGGAGUGCUUAUGUGGAGUUUUAUCGCACUGGCACUAGGAUGGGUGGUUCUUUACGCCGCUGUUUCAUCGGCAUUACCUGCAUCGAUGACGACCUAUUACGAAGAUACGCUGGAUAUAUGCACUGCCAACAAGACAUACGUAGCCGUAUCUAUCGGGAUGAUAUGCUGCUUCUAUCUUUAUGUUGCGUGGAUGACCUGGCGACUGCGAAAGAUACCAUUCUCGUUCAACGAGUUCCGUGAGGUCGUCUCAGCCCUGAUCAUCAUCGGCGUGGUUAUUAUCGUGAAUUCGUUGGCUCUAUUCUCUGUCAAAAUAUACCCCGUCAGCGCAGCAUGGCGAAACUCGCUCGUCUAUAUCGACCACGCAUGUGCCAAUAUGGCCUUCUGGACUAUCAUGUGGGAGCCGUUCUACCAGUGCAUUAUGCAUCGCGAGGAGUAUCUGCAAUAUUGGAUCGACACCCUGGUGGACGAUGGCAUGGAAGAUGCAUACAGUCUUACGAAUCGUCUCCUGACUGGAGUUUCCCAGUCCGUCGAUGAAACAGAACAGGCCACUGUAGUCGAAUCAAGGAAGGACAAAGCUGGCCACAGCCAUGCAAAGGAUGGUGGCCUCACCAAUGGCACCUACUGUAUGCCCGCCACCCUAUCCAAUCUGUAUCUCACAGAAAAGCUUUCACACGACUAAACCACACGAGCCAGAAAGUAACAGAUCCACUUUUGUUUUGCUCGCUCUACCUUGUGGAUAUCUAACGUGUAUGUGACAGCCCUUCUAUUAGUGUUCACUGCAGAAUAUAU